AUGAAGUUCACCAACCUCGCUCUCGCUGCCAGCGCAGCAUCCGUUGCCUGCGCUCUCCCCCACGGAGGUCAGACCGUCCACACCAAGCAGAGUGCCGCUGUCAGCAAGCGCGGCAAUGGAUUCACCUGGGUCGGUGUCAGCGAGUCCGGUGCUGAGUUCGGCGAGGGUAACAUCCCCGGUACCGCCGGCACCGACUACGCCUGGCCCGCAACCUCCAGCAUCCAGACCUUGAGAAAGGCUGGCAUGAACAUCUUCCGUGUUCCCUUCUUGAUGGAGCGCCUGGUGCCAUCCACCAUGACCGGUACUGCCGAUGCUACCUACAUGGCUGCCCUGAAGAAGACCGUUGCUACCAUCACCGAGGGCGGAGCUUACGCUGUCCUUGACCCCCACAACUAUGGAAGAUACUCUGGAAGUGUCAUCUCUUCCACCGCCGACUUCAAGACCUUCUGGAAGAACGUUGCCACCGAGUUCGCUUCCAACGAAAAGGUCAUCUUCGACACCAACAACGAGUACCACGACAUGGACCAGACCCUUGUCCUGAACCUCAACCAGGCCGCCAUCGAUGGUAUCCGUGCCGCCGGUGCCACCACUCAAUACAUCUUCGUCGAGGGUAACUCCUGGAGCGGAGCCCACUCCUGGACCGACAACAACGACAACCUGAAGGGUCUCACCGACUCCGAGGACAAGAUCGUCUACGAGAUGCACCAGUACCUCGACGGUGACAGCUCCGGUACCUCCGAGACCUGCUCCAGCGCCACCAUCGGCAAGGAGCGCCUCCAGUCUGCCACCGAGUGGCUGCAGACCAACAACCUUAAGGGUUUCAUCGGUGAAUUCGCCGGUGGUGUCAACAGCGUUUGUGAGGAGGCUGUCGAGAACAUGCUCUCCUACAUGUCCGACAACAGCGACGUCUGGAUGGGCGCCGAGUGGUGGUCUGCUGGUCCCAUGUGGGGAUCUUACAUGUACAGCUUGGAGCCUAACGAGGGCCCUGCCUACUCCACCUACCUCCCCAUCCUCGAGAAAUACUUCGUCGAUGGCUCUGCCUCUGCCUCUUCUUCCGCCUCUUCCUCUACCUCUUCCGCCACCAAGACUGCCGCCCAGACCACCACUGCUGCCGCCGUCGAGGUCACCAGCACCCCCAACAGCCAGGUCCAGGUCGCCGCUACCGAGUCUUCCAGCUCCACCGCCCCUGCUGUUCAGUCUUCCAUCCCCGUCGUCGAGUCCUCCGCCCCCGCCCCCGCUCCUACCACUGUGACUUCCAUCCCCGUCGACGUUCCCACUACCACUGCCACCCCUAGCUUCACCGUCGUUCCUUCUUCCACCCAGGCCGCUACUGAGGUUCCCUCCAGCAGCGCCACUCCCAGCACUGCUGCCAACGGAACCGUUAAGAAGUACUACCAGUGUGGUGGUCUCAACUACACCGGUGCCACGGCUUGCGAGUCCGGCUCUACCUGUGUCGUGCAGAACCCCUACUACUCCCAGUGUGUUUAA